AUCCUUCCCGAGGAGAUAACAAGCGGAGUGAAAUUCACAACGAAAGCGGUGAUGUUUCGGAGGCAAGUGAUACUCCCGCGAACGAAUCACCGCAGACGCGUGACACGAAUUUAGUUCAUUUCAGACCUUUAUUGAAGUCACCCAUGUCGCUGCUGAGCUGUAUAGACUUGAACGUUUUGAAUGAAUCGAUCUCGUUAUCAUUCAGGACCAUAUGUUGAGAACACCGAGCGGAGGAAGAAACGGCAGUUUGUUCGGAGGGUGUCUGGACCGGGAGGACGAAGUGGCUAGUAACUCGGAGCUGUGGUGCCAAGAGGGAUAUUCACACUCAACGGUGACAUCGCUGACACAUAGGACACGGAACAGAGGCUAAUCUGGCCGAGGAUAACCUUGUCAAUCUCCUGGCGUCGAGAAGAAGAAGAUACAUUAGUUCGGAGAUAACACCUGACUACGGCGACGUUGGUCAAUACUGUCAACCUCUCAAAAUAGAAAGAAAAACAAAACAAGCGUCCACCCGCCGUCCAGGGGAUGCAGUGGCAAAUUAGCGUUUCAGUUCUUUGACAGAGCCCAGCUGCUCUCUAAGAGUUUUGAGGAUGAACCACUUAUCCCUCAGCGAGCUAUGUUGCCUGUUCUGCUGUCCACCGUGCCCCAGCAAGAUCGCCUCUAAGCUGGCCUUCCUGCCCCCAGAGCCCACAUACAGCCUCAUGUCCGAUGACAGUGGCAGCCGAUGGACUCUGCACCUCUCUGAGCGUGCCGACUGGCAGUACUCGUCCCGCGAGAAGGACGCCAUCGAGUGUUUCAUGACACGCACCACAAGAGGAAACCGCAUUGCCUGCAUGUUUGUCCGCUGCUCACCCAGCGCCCGAUACACACUAUUAUUCUCCCAUGGAAACGCAGUGGACUUGGGUCAGAUGAGCAGCUUCUACAUUGGCCUGGGUUCGCGCAUCAACUGCAACGUCUUCUCCUACGACUACUCGGGUUACGGAGCCAGUUCUGGGAAACCCUCGGAGAAGAACUUGUACGCUGAUGUAGACGCUGCCUGGCAGGCACUGCGGUCACGGUAUGGCAUCCGGCCAGAGAACGUGAUCGUGUACGGCCAGAGCAUUGGCACCGUGCCCUCUGUGGACCUGGCCUCUCGCUAUGAGAGUGCUGCAGUCAUCCUCCACUCCCCGCUCACGUCUGGCAUGAGAGUGGCCUUCCCCGACACCAAGAAGACCUACUGCUUUGACGCCUUCCCAAACAUCGACAAGAUUUCGAAGGUAACGUCACCGGUACUGGUGAUCCACGGUACGGAGGACGAGGUCAUCGACUUCUCCCAUGGCCUGGCGCUGUAUGAACGCUGUCAGCGCCCCGUGGAGCCCCUCUGGGUGGAGGGGGCCGGACACAAUGACGUGGAGCUCUACGGACAAUACCUGGAGAGACUCAAACAGUUUGUUGCGCAUGAGCUGGUCAACUUGUAGAGGAGCUUGGGGGGAAAAAAAGGGUGGAGAGGGAAGACGAGAAGAAAGCAAUGGUUUCCAGCAGAGGUUGGAUGAUGGAGAAAGGGGUGCAACCUUUUCCUUUUUUUUUAUUUUUUUUUUUUUUUUGUGAAGUGAUGCAGGUAGAAGUGGUUUUUGUCUGUGUAGUACUGGUUUUGGUGGCGGUCUUCUCUCAUUAUCAAACACCUCUCCCCCUUUGGAGCUCCAGUUUGUCCGGGCCUGUCAGUACCGUCCACUCCACAUGCUGCAGCUGUGAACUUACAAGUACCCAUCAUUUUGUUUUGCUUUUAGAUUUUCUUUUUAUCAUGUUGAAAAUCGCACAUUAUGAAGGUGCAUGAAUGAAAGAGGAAGUAGAUACAGACAACAUACCAUGUGUACAUGCAGUAUGACAGAGUGUGUGUGGGUGUGUGUGUGUGUUGCAUUUUUGCUGCCUUUUGAGAAGGACAUGGUCCACGGUUCCUAAUGGAGACCUCUGCCAUCAGCUCCUGAGGCUUUUGAGGUCCUGAAAAACAGCCUUGCUACAAACUGGACCGGACCAGAAGUGGACCUGACUCUCUCUAAUCCAACUGAACUCAGUCUGACUAUGAAGUCAGGUUUUGUCCCACACACUGCAGUCACCAUGAAUUUCUUUUUUUGGAUUACUGUUUAUUAUAUUUUUUAUAUUCUACAUGAUAUUUGCACGUAUCAGCUGUCACUGAAGAACUGUACAAGACAUACUGACAUAUUACCUAGCUGUGCCAGUGUUGCCAAAUGUUUAGUAUAAUAUAUUGCAGAGACCUAGACACACAGAUAACUUUGUACUUUGUACAAAUACUAUCUAGAAACAUCUCCAAAGCUCUGUUAGCUGUAUUCAGUCUCUACUUCUCUGUUUAGUCUUAAAAUGGUACAGUUUAAUGUUACAAUCUACAAGAAUAUGAUGCAAGAUGGGGCUCUUACAGCAGCUCACGUAGCCAGUUAAAAGGCUGGGGCUGUAUGUCGGUGACCAAUAAAGUGAGGGUUAUUUCCUCACACUUUCUUUUGAAAAUUUUUCCACAGCUCUUACGUCGGAGUUUACCUCGAAGUAUUGUUGCUGUCAGAUCACUAUCACUACGCUGUAGUUGAUGAACUUGAUGAACUUGAUGUUUUCAGAAAAAUUGAAUGCUGGACAGUUUUGUGGACAAAAUAUCUGACCCCUCUUUGAAAAUAGCAAGUAUUCGCCUUGAUAUAGUAGCUAAUUAUGAAUCCCAGUACCCUGACAGUGUUUUUUCUGUCUUUGGGUCUGAAGAUAUAAAGUUAAAUAAUGUACGUAGUUAUUAUUACAGAUCUUGCUUAUGUACCUAAAUCAGAUCUUUCUAUAUGUAUCUUUUUUAUGUGAUAAAAAUUUAAUUACUGUGACAGCAGCUUACCGGUCUGUGAUCUGAUCAAGACUUAUACCACUAAUGCCAAUCCGGACUGAAUGGUGAACGUUAUUAACACAGCUAUUGUCGACUCAUUUUCAGUUCAGGAAGUUGUUUAAAAAAUGGAAAUGUUUUAUUUUGAGUUAUUGAGAAGCGUACUUAAGUACAUUAUGCUGAAAAAAAGACCUUGAGUUACUCCCUCACAAUAUGUCUACUGGGACAAUGGGUUAUUUCAGUGUAAGUGGCUCAGCAUUAGAGGCCUCCAUCAUGGACAGAAUGGUUUGGUUUUUUUUGUCUUAAUUUUAUCUUUUUGUCUGCAUGGUAUUUCUGGAUCCAUUGUUGUCUGUUGAUUUGCCCUUUUAAUGCCAAGUGAAGCAAAACAAAGCACUGGCCAGCUGAUGAAUCCAUUAAGGCGCUGUCAGAGGCCUGAAAACAAAUGUCAAACUGCUACUGCAUGCCAUGAAAAGCUAGUUUCUCUUAUGUUUUUGGCCUGUAUAACAAACACAGAAUCAUAUAAGAAAUCUCUGUGAAUUAUAUUCUUAUGGGUAUUUUUAAUACCUGUAUUACACUUGAGCCUUUGUUCACAAAAGGGGUCAGAUAUACUGUUAUGUGACAAUUAACCAAUAAGUCAAUGGGUGCUACUGUAGCCUACUGCUACCUUCAGGUCUGAUUACUACAGGUUGAGAGAAAAGCAAAGCGAGCCUAAUGUUUGUCAGACUGACCCAGAUCCAGAUCAGGAUUGGUAACCGUUUGUCAGGUGAUGGUCUGUUGAAAAAACUUUUUAUUUUUUUCACAACUCAUUUGUCUUAUAAGCAAGGUUAUGAUUUUUUUCAUUUUCACUUUGUAAAUAAUAUUUGUACUGGACUUGUUAUAAUUUUUCUUUUUCUUUCACAAGCUUUUGUCAUCAUCUCUCAGCUCUUACUUCUCUAACUCUUGAUAUGACAACUAAUAUACCAUGGUAGGCCAUCAUGUUGGCUUUUCAGAUGACCUUUGUACUGGUCAGUUUGACUAAUGUCAUCUCUGAUUUGAUUAGAUUAAUUUUGUAAAGCAUAUUUCAAUACAGAAGGAACUUGUAUGUAGUAACAAUAUUAAUAUAGUAAUUCUAACAUGGAUAGAGAAAAUAAAAUGGUAUUUGAGAAGCAA